UACGAUUUGCAUCAGAAAGAAUGUUCGAGAUUUUGGUGGCCUUGCCACGACCGACGCCCAAAAUAGCCGCGCCAGCCGCGGAGGGCCUUUUGCGCCACCAUUUGGACCUCGAGCCACACCAGUUUCAUCCAUACGUGAACCAUCUUCACGCGUGGUUUCCACUUGCUCUAUGCACCAGGGGUCCUUCAUCAAGACAGGUCCUCGCCAUGCCUACAAUUGGCGCCGACAGAGCGUACGUCUCAACUACCAAUGGCCUGUUGCGAAUAGCCGAAAUCAUUCUAGGUCUGUGCGGCCUAAUCUGCGUCGAGUCCAUCGGUGACGAAUGCUACAAUACCUUCCUGCACCGGUACGAGUUCAGCCUCUUCGUGCUCAUCACUUCAUUUCUCUUCGCCUUCCUCGUCAUUCUCGUGUUCGUCCUCAGGGCGCAAGAAGCGCUCACUAGAUGCUUUAACAUACCCAUUUCGCUCCUCGUUGCGGACAGCUUCAUCGCACUCUUCUACCUGAUCGUCUGCUUGCUGGAAUUCACCGCGUACUGCACAGAUCCCGACGACAAUGCGGCCACUAAAGUAGCAGGGGUGUUUGGCUUGUUCGCUAUGGUGUGCUUCGUUGUCUCGUCGUACUUUUCAUACAAGUUCUUCCAAGAAGAGAGGUUACCAACCUCAGUUCCGCCGGGUCUGCACUCCGUAACGGUUACGCAGGUUAUACCAAAGUGACCGCAGCUUGAAAUCUAUGUGCUCAUGAUAAAAACUGCCAACGUUGAAAUAUUUAGAGAGACGGGUGAAAUUGAACCAUUGUUAUUACCAUUUCAGUGUAUCGGGGACAUAAGUAGCUCCGUUUGAAACUUGCUGGCUCAGGUGAGAGUUCCAAGCGAGGAUCCAUUAAAAUAUCAAAAAGGAUCACCCAAAUUA